GCUAGCUCUUGUCGAUCACAUAGUUCUUCGGUACAUUUUAAACCAUCUUAGUUUCCAUUUUCAAAAUUUCCUCAACUAUAUCUAUGGAUUGUGGUAUGCACUUGCAUAACCAUCAAGCUGAUGAGCAACAUAUAUUGCAAUGGCAGACGAAAUCCGAACCCCCUUCCUCAGUACAUGAUCAAAGACGAUCUGCCAAUUACAAGCCGAAUAUUUGGAAGUAUGAUUUCGUUGAAUCACUUAACAGCAAAUUUGAUGGAGAAUGUUACCGAAUUCAGAUUCAGAAGCUAAUAGAAGAUGUUAAGGAUUUGUUUGGUGAAUGUAAGGAAUUGGGUUUACUAGAUAAGUUGGAGCUGAUUGACAGCAUCCAAAAACUAGGCCUAAACAGCUACUUUGAGAAGGAAAUCAAGGAAACCCUAGACACCAUAGCAUCUGUCGAACUGAAAAACAACAGCAAUCCCUUCAUUAGUUCAGAGGGUGAUCUCUACGCUACGGCACUACUCUUUAAGAUUCUGAGGCAGCAUGAUUAUAAAGUUUCACAAGAUGUAUUUGGUGUUUUCAUAGACGAAAUUGGUACAUUAAAGAAGAGCACAUUUGGGGAUGUGAAAGGAAUGCUCGAACUUUUGGAGGCCUCAAACUUAGCUUUAGAAGGUGAAAACAUCCUAGAUGAGGCUAAAGCUUUCUUAAUGGUCUCUCUCAGAGAUACCAAUACCAUGUGUGAUGAUAUAAACCGUUGCAUUUCCAAGCAUGUGGCCUAUGCCUUGAAGCUUUCAUCACAAAGGAGAGUCCAGUGGUUUAAUGUGAAAUGGCACAUCAAAGCCUACGGGGAAGACAAUACGAAGCAAGCCAACAUGACCACUUUACUUGAACUGGCUAAACUUAACUUCAACAUGGUUCAAGCCACACUCCAAAAAGAGCUAAGGGAAGCAUCCAAGUGGUGGAACAAUCUGGGUCUCACAAAGAACUUGGACUUUGCAAGAGAUAGAAUGGUCGAAUGUUUCAUGUGUGCUGUGGGAUUAGCUUUCGAGCCUCAGUACAAGUCUUUUAGAAAAUCGCUGACUAAAGUUAUCAAUUUGAUACUUAUCAUAGAUGACGUUUAUGAUGUUUAUGGCUCGUUGGAAGAGCUAAAUCACUUCACCAAAGCUAUUGAAAGGUGGGAUGUUAGGGAAACUGAGCAGCUUCCGGAGUGUAUGAAGAUCUGUUUCCAAGUACUUUACAACAUGACUUGUGAAAUUGCUUACGAAAUCGAGGAGGAGAAGGGUCGGAACCAAGUAUUACCUCAUCUGCGCAAAGUGUGGACAGAUUUUUGUAAAGCAUUAUUGGUGGAGGCAGAGUGGUACAAUAAGGCCGACACACCGUCCUUUGAAGAGUACCUUAGCAAUGGUUGGAUUUCAUCAUCUGCUUCGCUGAUUUUCACUCAUGCAUUCUUCUCCACAGCACAUGGGGAGAGAAUGGAUGAAUUUCUGCACAAGAAUGAAGAUCUCGUGUGCAAUAUCUCUCUGAUACUUCGACUCUUAAAUGAUCUGGGAACUUCUGCGGCUGAGCAAGAGAGAGGCGAUGCUGCUUCAUCAAUCCUAUGCUACAUGAGAGAAGUGAAUGCUUCAGAAGAAAUAGCUCGAAAGCACAUCAAAGGCAUGAUAGACAAUGCAUGGAUGAAAAUAAAUGAAAAAUGCUUCACUCAAGUUCCAGAAAUUUCUUCAUUCAUCAACAUUACCACAAAUAUAGCUCGAGUUGGUCACAGCCUUUAUCAAGAUGGAGAUGGAUUUGGUGAUCAAGAGCAAGGGACUCGGGGACAGAUCCAAUCUUUACUAGUUGAACCGCUUUCUUAAUGGAGUUAAACUAGCUAGUAGUAAUGAUCCUAAUAGUUUCUUACUGUCGUACUCGUAUUAGCUAGAAAGUUGUAGGUAAUGUCAGUGUCUGUCGAAAGUAUAGAGGUCAUAAACAAUUAUCUAAACUAAAGCACUAGCGAACAAACAGUACCAUCCAUAUUGGUUUACUGUUCUACCCCUCUUUAUUGUUGUAUUACACACCAUUCAAACGGUGUGUUGGCAAUUUCUAGUGUAAUAAAUAUAUCGAUUGAUAUUACUAUUUAUGAUUUGA